GAUAUUUAGCUUGGUAGCUGAAUAAAUAUUUAAAUUGGAGCUAAAUAAUUAGCUUUCUAACCUAAUAUUUGCUCCAAACUACAUGUUGCUAACUAAGCAUUGUGUUUGAAACUGUAACAUUUAUAAAUUAUACUAUAACAUGAUGAAAAUGUGACUUCCCAUUCCUUGUCUUCUGAGAGUAAAUAAUCCAGGUUAUUGCUGUUCAUUUUUGGUAACUUUAUAAACGAUGCUCCGUAUCUGUUACUGUUUCUAAAUUUUGUGUCCCAUUUUCGGCUCCCUGGUUUCUCCAAGAUGCCUCCUGGGAGUCUGGAUGGGAUGAACAAUGGAGGCAGAUAAAGACGAAGAAGAAGGAAAUGACACGUGAGUAAAUGGACACAAAAGGAACAUGAAACAUGAUGAAACCAGUAGAAGGAGGUCCAUCUGGACCACUGGUUUCUGGUUUUAGCCCAGGAGGAGAACCAGCUGACCCGGACCAAUGAUCCAGCCCUGCUGUUGUUUUGGUCAGUGACGCGGUUCUGUCCUGGAUAUAAAUGCAGCUCAGUUUGUGUGUUUGGUAUCAGAAUCCAGCGGAACAUCAGGAUGAAGCUGAUCGGUUCUCUGACUCUGAUCUGGACCCUCUGUAGAACAGCUGAAGCUCUGAGCUGUUAUAACUGCACAGACCCACGUUGUGCCAGCCCAGGAAAACAGACAUGCUCCUCAUCUGAGUCGAUGUGCAUAACAGCAUCUAUCCUUGCUUCAGAAAAACAGCUCAUUUAUAAAGGCUGUGGAUCUGCCUCUGAGUGUCUGAGCUCAGGCAAUACAACCUUUUCACUCAGCACAGGUGAGACGACUAUCGUAGCAUCUGCUCUGUGCUGCAACACCAGCGACUGCAACAACUCAACACUCCCUGUCCCUGCUUCUCCAGUGCCAAACACCCUGCAGUGUGUCUCCUGUGACCUCGCUGACUGCAGAAAUAUCAGUUGCUCAGGAGAGGAGAGUCAGUGCUUCACAUCAACCUUGAAUAUUGACAACCAAGCUUAUCCAUUUAUGGGCUGCAUGACUCGUAACCUGUGUAACGCCGACCUGGGUAGCCUGCUCCAGGAAGACAACCUUCCUCUCAACAUCAGCAGACUGAGCUGCUGUGGAAACAGUUUGUGCAACAGUCCACCAGUACCACCAAUGAAACCAGUACCACUAGCGAAGCCUACACCAACCAGUGGUGGUUCUGGUGUGAAACUGGAGCUGCUCCAGCUGCUGCUUGGUUUGCUGGUCUGCACUCUAAUCAAUGACAAAUCAAUGCAAGGCUGGUAGGAGUUAAAUAUUGCACUUAAUAUGUUUUAAAUAAGUUUAAUUGUAUAAAACUGUAAAAAAAAAAAGUCAAUUACUGGUUUUCCUGGUUUUAUCUCAGCCUUUAAUAGCUGAUAAAACAGA